GAACAGAAACCAAGUUCCCCGGCAACGAGCAGCAUCAACCCGGCGGGAGGCCGGAGCCAGAGAGGCCCAAAAAGGCUGCGGAGUGAGCCGGCCUCUCCGUGUCCAGCGCGCCCCCCUCCGCCUUCUUCCUCGGCCGCCCAGCCCUAAAUUUCGAUUAGCUUUUUCGCCUACGGAAAUCCUAGGGAGGGGGUUAGGAGCAGCUGCGCCCCCCUCCCUGCGGCUGCCGCCCCCCUGCUUUUAAGGCGCUGCUCCCUGCCGCGUGCGCCCGGGCAGUGCAUCUCGGCAGGCCCCAACCAUGUCGAUGCUGCCGUCGUUUGGCUUCACGCAGGAGCAAGUGGCGUGCGUGUGCGAAGUUCUGCAGCAAGGCGGGAACCUGGAGCGUCUGGGCAGGUUCCUGUGGUCGCUGCCCGCCUGCGACCACCUGCACAAGAACGAAAGCGUGCUCAAGGCCAAGGCCGUGGUUGCGUUCCACCGCGGGAACUUCCGCGAGCUCUACAAGAUCCUGGAGAGCCACCAAUUCUCGCCUCACAACCACCCCAAGCUGCAGCAACUGUGGCUGAAGGCGCACUACGUGGAGGCCGAGAAGCUGCGCGGCCGGCCCCUGGGCGCGGUGGGCAAAUAUCGGGUGCGCCGAAAAUUCCCGCUGCCGCGCACCAUCUGGGACGGCGAGGAGACCAGCUACUGCUUCAAGGAGAAGUCGCGGGGUGUGCUGCGGGAGUGGUACGCGCACAACCCGUACCCCUCGCCUCGUGAGAAGCGGGAGCUGGCCGAGGCCACGGGGCUCACCACCACCCAGGUCAGCAACUGGUUUAAGAACCGGAGGCAAAGAGACCGGGCCGCCGAGGCCAAGGAAAGGGAGAACACCGAAAACAAUAACUCCUCCUCCAACAAGCAGAAUCAACUCUCUCCUCUGGAAGGGGGCAAGCCGCUCAUGUCCAGCUCAGAAGAAGAAUUCUCACCUCCCCAAAGUCCAGACCAGAACUCGGUACUUCUGCUGCAGGGCAAUAUGGGCCACGCCAGGAGCUCAAACUAUUCUCUCCCUGGCUUAACGGCCUCACAGCCCAGCCACGGCCUGCAAGCCCACCAGCAUCAGCUCCAGGACUCCCUGCUGGGCCCUCUCACCUCCAGUCUGGUGGACUUGGGGUCUUAAGUGGGGAGGUACUGGGCCUGGAAGCAGU